AUGGCUUCCUAUCUAUCCUACUUCACCUCUCAUACCGCCGGCGCACCCUCGUCCCAAGCUUCGACUCCUAAUGCCACUUCAACGUGGUCGAGCACUUUCUCAUCACGCAUAGCAACCCUGCGAAAGGCCUUGACGAAAGACUCGGAGGAAGAUGAUCCAGACAAUGAAGAUUGCUCCCAUAUCUCAAAUGUCCUACGAGCCUAUUACACGGAAAAAGGCCUGCCCUUUCCUGAAUGGCUUCCACCCGACCCAAAAAAGCCUGUGGCAGCCCCUCCUCAACCACAAGGAUCCUAUGGGCAGUAUAACAACGCGUAUGACCCGCAACACGGUGGUCAGGAAACCCAUUCAAGAGGUUCUUCCGGAGGACGAGCAGGCGGCCUUUCCGACCUUUGGGAUACGGCAUCCGUUCCAGCAGCCGCGCCUGCCCCUCAAAGUCUUAGAGCCGCUCGCAUAACACCGCAGGCCUUGCGAAAUCACGACUCUGGAAGGUCCCAGUCCAGUGGCAGCAGUCAAACGGCGUCGUUUAAUGGCUCUGGCAUUGGAGCCCGACCUCUCCCUAGUCAGAGGGCUGGGAGCUAUCAGACGAAUCCAACAGCCAAUCCAGGUGCGCUGGGAUCUCGUGACCGGCUUCGCGCCCGUUUGCAGGGAGGAGGGAGCGGGAGGAGCAGUCCGUCUGCCGGGUUGAGUGCUGGGACAAAUGUUUAUCAGGGUUCCUACGGUUCACCAGGCGGGAGCCAUACCAACCAGAGUGGAAGUGGCUCAUCUCAGCCCUAUAUGUCGGCGUCUGAGCCUUGGUCUACAGGGUCGCCAGGCGGAGAGCCAUACGGGCACAACACUGGCUCCACGGGAGGUCAUUUGGCUUCCAACCAUCUGGCGAAUCGAGACUAUCGACAACGACCUGGAGGACCAAGAUGA